AUGAGUCGACGACGGUCGGCGUUCAUAUCGGAGGCACUUGGCGGGGACGAUGAACCGUCGACGCCGUCGAGUCAGGAUCCAAUUGAAGAUUUUGGCGGUGAUGGGGUAAAUUAUUACCCACAUUUUCAGACCGAUCAAUUAUUUCCAACGUAUCGAGAGUUGUCACAAUGGGCGAAAGACAUUGCACUAACACUCAAAUUUCAACUUGUGAUUUCUUACAACCAUAACGGAUGGUUGUAUUUGAGAUGCAAUCGUGGUGCAAGAGAUAGGGGGAAAAAUAGAGAUCUUAGUGUUGCUCAACGACCAAAGACAAAAACUCAACAUUGCGGUUGCAAGUUUUUGAUCAAGGGUUAUAAAGUUUCUGAUGAUGAAGGAUGGCAGAUUGUCUUGGGUCCCGAUGCAUAUGGAAAACACAACCAUGAGCUAAUUGUCUAUGAAGAAGGCAAUCGACAAAUGAGCAAGCUUAGUCCGGGUGCGAAGCAACUUGUUCGUGACCUGACCGAUGCAAAAGUGAAGCCACAAAAUAUCUUAGCGGCUGUACGGAAUCAGUUUCCUGAUGAUCAUCCCAAUCGUAGACAUAUUUACAACUUUAGGGAUCGGUUGAGACUUGAAGAUGCUGAUGGUCGAGCUGCUGUUACAUAUUUCCUUGAACUUAGUAUCGAGUCGCAGUAUACACAUUGGAGCUUGGUUGACCCGGAUACGAAUGUUUUGACUCAUGUAUUUAUGGCACAUCCUACGUCUCUAGCGCUCUUACGCACGUAUCCGUGGGUCAUUGGCAUUGAUUCAACUUACAAGACAAACAAAUACAAAAUGCCUUUUUUGGAGCUCGUUGGUGUUACUCCUUGCAACAUGAAUUUCUUGAUCGGGUAUGCUUUUAUGAAGGAUGAGAGCGCUGUGAGCUAUGCAUGGGUGAUAGAUAAGUUAAAGUUGCUGAUAUAG